UAACACAAAUUUUGUAAUUGAAUUAAAUGAUCAAUUUAUUUUGUGCAGACCUGUAGUUUCGGAAGUAAGAUGGCUGUACAUGGAAGAAAAACGGAUUUCCGCAGAUUGGAAAGGGAUUUAGAGGCACAAGAAUUGGAGUCACCUGGUGGUAUUGCUGGAAGUUAUAUAUAUAGUCAACUACUGUCCAUUUAUUUAGUACAUAAUGACACAUGUAAUGCUAAAUUUCUGUGGAAAAGAAUACCACAAAAUAUAAAAACAAGUAAUACAGAGUUAAAUCAGAUCUGGGCUGUAGGACAGAAAAUGUGGCAGAGAGAUUAUCCUGGUGUAUAUGAAACAUUAAAAUAUGAUUGGUCUGAUCGUAUUAAACCUAUUAUGAAUUCUUUAACAGAAUCUAUACGACAAGGAGCUUUCCGUUUAGUGUCUUUAGCUUACUCAUCUAUAAAUAGCGAAGAAUUUGCAAGUUUUGUGGGAAUGCCUGUUAGCGAAGCUGUUCAAGCUGCUGUUGCCAAAGGUUGGAUAGAAGAUGCUCAAAAUAAAAUAUUAACACCUAAAAAAGCAGAGAAAAUAGUAGAUCCACCUUUACCCAGUGAACGGCAGUUAUCAGUAUUAACUGAUUAUGUUUCUUUCCUAGAGAACUGAUUUAUACAGACAUUCAAUGACUAGAAGUGCUACAGUGACAGUAAAUCAGUGUGAUUUUAUAUUCAUAGAUUAAGCUACCUAAACCUGAUUUUGGUAAAAAUAAAAAUAAGUGUUGAAUGUUAAAUGUAUAUAUGGUUAAAGAUUAAUUUGUUUAUAUCUCAUAUCAACAAAUUAAAUCAGCAUUCGUACACAGAUCAUUUAAAAAACCUUUCAGCCCAUAUACGUUUAUAUAUAAAAUAUUACUGUACCGAUUCCAUAUAUUUGAACAGAUUCUUUCCCAAUACUUAUUAUAUUUGUAUGUGUAAAUGUAGAAAACUAGUAUUGGCAGGAGAAGUAGUUAUUAUAAUUACAACAUUAGAAACAAACCUGGAAAUUAUUUAUUAUAGUCAGAAGGAAGACAGACGGUCUUAAAACCAUCAACCUGCGAGAUGGGUAAAUGAGAUGUUUUGUUGGGUUUUUUUUUAAAAUAAGACCACACCCUUUUUUUUUUGAAAGCCUUUGGUAAUGAUUAAGUUAAUGUAUUAAUAAUAUAAAGUAGGAUUGACAAUGGUAUGAGAGUAUGAACCUGUCCUGACAUUAUAUAUCACACUACUUGUUUAUCACUAUAAGCAAAGUAAGGCAUUUAGCAUAAAGUUUGUACCCCAAUCUCUAUUCUAAAAUUUCAUAUUGUUUAAUAACUUGUUUAACAACUUGUUAUAUAACCUGUUUAACAACUUGUUAUAUAACCUGUUUAAUAACUUGUUAUAUAACCUGUUUAAUAACUUGUUAUAUAACCUGUUUAAUAACUUGUUAUAUAACCUAUUAUAUUUAUAUGAAUGAUUAAAGGGAUAUUGUUAGCACUCUUUAUGUUAGACUAGAUACUCCAGUAACAUGGCUGUAUUCAUGAAUAAUCUACAUUAUGUAGUGGAAAUUUGAUUUUUAUAAUUUCUCUAUAUUAAAAUGCUGAUAAAAUA